UUUACCCGGUGUCGAGUCCAUGCCGCGUUCAUCGAUCCCUCCAAUGCCCCCAGGCGCGGCUGCCGCUCCUGCACUGAUCGCGCCAAAGGUGGUCGUGGAGGUGUUUCUCGACUUGAAUUGUCCUCCGUCCCGACGAUGUUUCAAGACACUCUAUGAGGGCGGCAUCAUCGAGGCCUACAAGGACAAGGCCGUGCAAAUUCUCUUUCACAACGUCAUUCAGCCUUGGCACGCUGUGGGUGCUUGGAUGCACGAGGCCGCUCUGGCCGUGAAGGACCUGCAGCCGUCCGCGUUCUACCCGUACGCCAACAAGGUAUUCGACGCCAUGGAGCGCUUCUCCGACGUGAACACGGAGGAAAUGACGCGAAAAGAGGUGAUGGCCGCGCUGAUUGCCCUGGGCGUGGAGGCGGGAGUCCCGCGGCCGGCCUUGGAGGAGCGGCUCGCCUUGCAGGGAGGUAGCAGUGGGAACAAAGGCACAGCCACGACCCAAGCUGUGAAAUGGGCGUGUAAAUAUCACCGGCGCCGAGGCGUGCACGUCACGCCCACGGUGUUUGUGAACGGAUUGGAAGCCAGCGAGGUCUCGAGCGCGUGGGGCGUGGAGGAAUGGAAGAGGCUCCUG